AUGGUAGCGAUCACGAGCGAGCAGCCAGAGCAUGCGGCUCAUCAACAGGCUAUAAGCCAACGUGCCUGCCCUGGUUGGCUGCAGGACAUUGCAGCGCUGAACCGACUGAACCAUGGGGAGCGAGCAGCUGCAGGCGAUACAGUGGAACACCUUCUCUCGCAGCUCAGAAACAACAAUGUGCAUAUCCGCCUAGCUGCGAUCAGGUCCCUAGGGCACGUUGCGAGGAAUGGGGACUUCCACGUUGUGAGAGAGCUGUUGGGCCAGUCGAUAGCAAGCAGCGGGUUCGGUGUGCAGGAUAAGGCCAGCGAAGUCCGUGCUCUGGCUGCGGAGGCUGUGGGGAAGAUAGCGGCAGACACGGGGGAUCGUUUGGUUUGCGACAAGAUGCUGGAUAUGAUUGAUGACAAAGAUUGGGCAGUGAGGAGCUCGGCGCUCAAGUCCUUGUCGAAAGUCUGCAGCCGUGCAGAUGAUUGGGUGGUGGAUGAGCUGUUGGCGAAGAUGAUGGGGAGCGAGAGCUGGUCAGCAAAAGCACUCUGUGCGGAGGGCCUGGGAAACCUGUGCACUAGAGGGGCAGGACAUGUUGUAAAUGCGCUGAUAGAGAUGUCCCGGCACGAUGACUGGGCUGUACGGAAGGCAUGUCUGAUAGCCUUGGGGAAGAUUGCCCAGCAGGGGGAUCAGCUAGUCUUGCGGGCGAUCGUACAGUCCUCGCAGGACGCGGACUGGAGGGUCAGGAAGGCUGCCGUGCAAGCUCUGGGCCAGGUUGCUGAGAGAGGAUGCCGGUUCUCGAUCAACGAGAUCCUCUUGCGACUGGACGAUACUGCAGUGGGAGAAAGACACUCCAAAUUGGACGUGAUCAACCAUGAUGACAGGGACGUCAAGCUUGCAGCGAUAAAGGUGCUCGAGAAGCUUGCGGAACCGGGAGAUCAUCAUGUUCUAGCUGCUCUUGACAGCACAGCUCAACGCAUCGCUGGAGAUUCCGUGCUGCUUGCUGCGAUAGUGCGGGCUACGACUGUCAUCUCGCACGAGAGCCUGAUCCCGCGGUUGGGAGAUUUCUCCGGCACGGAGUCCUCCUCCUCUACAGAUUCCUCACCGGAAUGUGUGAGCAGGGGAAGCCUGGCUGAAUAA